GCAGGUUUGGUUCAACGAGAAGAUGACUUACCGCUGGCUGUUGGUCCUCUUAAAGAAUAGUUAGUUCUACGGUUCUACCUCCUAGCUGACCUUGCGAGUGACACUGAAGUCAAAACUUCGUCCAUUCGCUCGCUGUAGAGAGAGAGAGAAAGAGAGAGCACUGCGAUCGAGUCGAAUCAAAAGUUGCAACCUUCAAGGAUGUCGGGUGCACAGGAUGAGUUCAAGGAGUUGAUGCGGGACAAGGAAAGAUCAAGCGCGCAUCCUGAAGAUGAACACGACGACGCGCGAUCAUUCCUGAAUCUCUCUGACGACUCUGAUGACGACGUUACACCACCUGCAUCUGCGCCGCGGGCCUCUAUGAAUGGCUCCAGGAGCACCAUACCUGUCAAGCGAUAUGGCGCAAACACUGGGCCCAAGGGAGUCAUAUCGGACGCGCAAGACUUCCAGGAUUCGCGUCGCACGCAGCGAGCGUCUCUGCGUAGCACCUCCAGUCUGACCUCCUUUGCCCAGCAGCUGUCAUUAAGAGAGCAAGCACCUGCCGAGAAAAUUGAAGAGGAGGACGACCUUGACCUUGAAGAUGGCGAUGAUGAUGGAUUCAUGGAGAAGUGGAGGAAGAGCAGAAUCAAAGACAUGCAGACUGGCCCCAAGGGAAGUCAGAUGCACCGAAAUGGCAAUGGUAAUAGCACAAGACUGCUCGGCAGUCUGACCAUGGUUGACCCAGAUGGGUACCUGGAUGCUGUCGAGAAUUCCGAAGCAGACACAGUCGUGAUAGUCUACAUCUACGACGACUACUCGCAGGUCAGUGACCUGUUUGAGCGUUGCGUUCGCACACUGGCUGGCAAGCACCAAGAUACUCGCUUUGUUAAGCUACAUUACGAAGACGCACAGAUGGAGCCCAUGGGCGUGCCCGCCAUCAUUGCAUAUCGCAACGGAGACAAAUUUGCGGGCUUGGUCCCACUUAUCAACGAGCUUCCCGACGAUGCGGAGCUAAACGCGCUGACUUUGGAGACUGUACUCAAGAGGCACCAAAUUUUGAGAUAAAGGUCGGCUCACUUCUGUGAUCGGCUUGACCAUUCGCCUUGAGCAUCUGACUCAGCAUUCCACAUUCAACGACAACUUCUCCUCCGUUGUCCGCUACGUCUCGGCAUACGCGGGACUUCCAAGCACGGAACUGUGCGCAAAUAUCAGUCCGUAGAGUAUUUUGGGGUCCCUCCACAUGACAACGACGAAGAAGGGGCAUGGCUUUGUCUACCGAUGGUCCAGCGCAGCGGAUUCUGGGCGAACGGUCUUCACGGCUCACGGGCGUUAACUGAUCAGCUAUGUGUGCCAAUUCUAGGGCUAUUAGUGAGGGUUUGGUUCAGUUCACAUAACGCAUAAAACAACGCACGUCGCCGAGCAUACCAUGAGUUCGAGUACGAUAUGGUGAACACAGCCCGAGUCCGGCUGAGGCCUGGCUGUGGACCAUGUUACAGUAGAAAGGGUACAAUGCAAUGAUGUGUCAUGGGGAUGUUCGGACUUCUGGCUGGCAUCAUGUGCAGGAUGCGCACUCUAGGAGAUUCUCAUACUAGCCUUUACCAUAUGGUCAAGCAGCCUAGCAAUGAAAUAAAAAAUCCUCGGUUCUUGAAUAGUAUGAUAAGUAGAUCAUCAGUAAAUCAGGCAAAC